CAAAAUGAGACAGAGACCGGACUAGACGAUGAGACGAGCUGGAUGCAGAGGAAACAUUUGGUGAUUGGAGAGGAUUAGAGGAUUAGUGAUACAGCUGACUGCACCGGGAGUCUCCAUCAGCACCAUCACUCUGUCGCUGCGUCCGUCUCUGAGAGCAGCAUCUCUCUCUCUCUGUCUGAGUCCAGCCGUCAUCAUCAUCAUCAUCAUCAUCAUCAUCAGCGAGGACAGAGGACAAACGGUGCUCCAGUAUGAAGACUUCUUACAUCAGAGGAGAUUCUUCUUCGAUGAAAAGCAGCGAGAACGACAGAUUUAAACUCUGCGUCUUCUUUCACCUUCCCGCUCUUUAAACUCUCCUCUCAACAAGCUGCUGUGUCCCUCCACUUCCAGAGAAACAUGAGUCUCCUUUUCCCACCAUUCCUCUUCUUCCUGCUUGCCUUUCUCUCCCCGCCGUCCCUUCUUCCAUCCGUCGAGGGUUUGCGGCUGUGUCCGUACAAGUGCACGUGUUACGAGCACGCCGACCUCGUGGACUGCCACAGUCGAGGGUUCGAGCACGUUCCCAGAGGCCUCCCGCACGGCACGUGGCUGCUGGAGCUCGGAGGAAACAACCUGAGCGAGAUCUGCACCCGGGCGUUCACUGGACUGUGGUCGCUGCGGGUGCUGGUGCUGACCAACAGCCAGAUCAGAGACAUACAACCACAGGCUUUUUUCUCUUUGUCCUUCCUGGAGAAACUGGAUCUCAGUUGGAACCAGUUAACCUCUCUACCAGUCGACUUCUCCACCAGUCUGUCUGCCAUCAGAGAGCUGCGACUGGAGCACAACAACCUGCAUCAUAUUUCUGGAUACAGCCUGGAGAAUCUGGACAACAUGGAGAAGCUGGACCUGAGUCAUAACGAGCUGGUGUCGGUCGGCCCCGGUGUGUUCAGGGGCCUCUCGCGGCUCCGGCAGCUCUACCUUCACAACAACAGACUGACGGUGGUGCAGCACGGGAGCCUGGAUAUGCUGCCUGGACUGGAGAUGAUCCAGCUGAGUAACAACAACAUCUCUCAGAUCGACAGCGACGCUCUGGCUCCUCUCUACAGCCUGGCGGUCCUCGCUCUGGACGGAAACAACCUGCAUCACCUCAAGUUUAAAACCUUCAUCAGCCUGCACACAACAGCUACACACAUCCAGCUGUCAGGUAACCCGUGGAGCUGCGACUGCGAGCUGCAUCGUGUCUUCAGUAAGAUCUUACACGUCCGACACCUCCACAUCGACGACUAUCGCAACGUGACGUGCCGGGACCCGCCGCAGCUAGCGGGGGCUUCGCUGGCCUGGGUGGACAGCCAGCUCUGUGUGGCAGAAACAGCCACCGUGCUCGUCAUCACCGUCACCGUGCUGGUCACCGUGGUGGCUGCGUUGGUGAUGGCGGAGAGGACCAGGAAGAGGAACCGCGGGAAAAACUGGGAGACGGAGUCGCAGGCGCAAACUUAGAGACGUCAACUCUGAAAGAGAAUUUUUAAAAAGUGAAGGAUAAAAGACGAGUAGGGACGGUGUGGAGACCCUGAGAGACUGCAGACUGAACAAUAUGGCCGCCAUGAAUGGACCAACAAUCCAUCUUUCUUUUGAUAUUCAAACGGGCUAGUGGUCGUGUCCUGCCGGAAAGACUUAAAAAGAAACGCUGCAGUGUGGUUUGAAUUCUUGCUCUUUUUUUCAGUUUACAGCAUUUUUUCUUUGUCUGCAUCCAAGGAUUUUUUUUAAACUCGAAAGAAACUCGUUUAGAAGCACAACUUACAGGGUUUCAAACAAACAACGAGCACAAACAAAAAUACAUUAUAAGACUUUAAAAAUAUUACAAAUUUAAACAGUAAAUGUUUGUCAUGAUUCACAAAUCUACAGCCUGAUGUGUUCGCCUCCGAGUCAUUUAACCUGCUCUUAAAAAUCAUCCAAUGAGAGCGGCUCGUUCAGUCUCAACUCUUUUUGUAAUUCGUUUCAAGCAGCGGGAAACUGAAACGCCUUUUUCCUCAGUUCAGUUCUGACUUUUGGAAGAGACAGAAAGAAAAGGUCCAAACACACACACUGUCUGAAUUAGACAAAUACGUUGGUAACGUUUCAGUUUGUCUUUGAACGGGCCGACGCUGCUCUCUUUCUUUGGAUCAGAGAAAUGACUCUGGAGCUGCGUUGAUGUUCUGAAAGUAAAAAUGUGUUUGGUUUAAAUCAACAACGUCAACAAGAACAAAGAUCUACACAAAGUUAAAGAUGAGACAACACAGAAAAACAAAAAAACACAUCUAAGCCGUUGUUGUUUUUUGGCUUGUAUAUCCAGAAAUAAAAAAUAAAAUAUUACAUUAAAUAAAUGUGGUUUGUUAUUUCUCACCUUGUAUAACUCACUAUGCAGGAGAACUUCAGUAUUUUAUUAUGUAGCUGGAUUUCAUCUCAGCCAAACUUAUAUAUUAUAUAAAGAAAGUAUUUGAUUAAAAAAAAUCUUAUUCGGGAAUCAAUUUGCUCCGCCCCUAAACACUGAGGUUAAUAAAAGAGAAAUAUUACAAAAUGAGGCGACACCAUCGAGCUGGUUCAGGAAGUCAGUAAGUUGUUUUCUUUUCAUCAUCAUGUAUACAAAGAAAGAUGUAAGGAUGGCUGCACCAGGUUUAUUUUCAUCUUUAGUCCUGCUUCAUUUUCAGAGCAUCGGGAGUAAGUUCUGGUAUUUCAAAGAUCAAAGGUCAAAGGUCAUCUUUAUUGUCCC